GGAAUAUAGAUAGAACAAACAAAAAUACAAAGCCGUAUACAAUUAAUAACUUUUAAUUAAAUUUUAGUUAAUGUGUUUCUUAAAGUUGAAAAAAGUUGUUUUAAUGCUUUGAGUGACAUAGAAAUAAAGAAUGCCUAAAUAUUAUUGCGAUUAUUGUGAUACAUAUUUGACUCACGACUCUCCAAGUGUGAGAAAAACACAUUGCACUGGACGAAAGCAUAGAGAUAAUGUUAAAUUUUAUUAUCAGAAAUGGAUGGAAGAACAGGCACAGCAUUUAAUUGACGCUACAACUGCAGCUUUUAAAGCAGGGAAAAUCACUCAAAAUCCCUUUGGAGUUAUGCCUCCGCCAAAAGGGGUUGCAAUUCCUCCACCAUCUAACUUAGGAGCGCCACCACCAAGACCAGGGAUGGUGCCGCCACAGGUUCCGCCAAUGAUGAUGGGACCCCACGGCCCAAUACCUCCACCGAUGUUGAUGCGACCUCCACCAAUGAUGGGACCCAUGGGCCCUAUGUUGGGGCCCCCACCACCUUUAAGACAACCUAUUGGCAAUCCUCCUCCAAUGAAAUAAAGUAUUCAGACUUUUAUUUAUGUAUAACGUUUUCUUUAUAAACAAUAUAGAAAAUUAUA